AUGGUGUCACGGCUGCAGCGAGGGGCUGCCAGCUCCCUGCCCCCGCGCUCCCCUCUGUGCGGGGUCCUGGGGAGUUUCCAGGCCUCGUUCUUCCCCCCGGCCCCCAAGGGCCCUGCAGGGCCCGGCUCCCCCGGCCGCCUGCCCGCAGAUCUCGCUUGUGGUGAGUCUGACUCAGAACAGAACAGGCCACAGCAGCCCCUGUCCCUGCCCGGGGAGACUUGGCCAGUAGCUGCCAGGCUCCCUGCCUCCCCCUCGUCUUCGUGUGCUGGAGACCCUACAAAAACAAACCAGGCGCUGGCUUUCAGGGGGGGCAGGGACCCCCGGGAGACUGAGCUGAGCCAGGACCCCAGCUCCACGGCUGCCCUCCUGCCGGCGCCCAGAGACCAAGGCAGAGCCGUGGGCGAAAUGCACCAGAGACGCAGUCACCCGGACCCCAACCACGGUCGGACUCCGGAGCCCCCUGAAGCGCCAGCGCCGUGGCCGGGUGCCCCGUCCUGCGAGUGCGAAUCUCGCGCCUUCGACUGCCUGAGCCAGCGCGCCCGGCUCCGGCUCCAGGGGGCCCUGGGGGGCACGGCCCAGCUCAGCCAGCACGUGGCCACACACUGCCGGCCCCCAGCCCGCCCCACCCCCAGCCAGGCGGAGACGCGGCCGUUCAGGUGCCCGGCCUGCGGGAAGGGCUUCAAAUACAAACACCACCUGAAAGAGCAUGAACGAAUCCACAGCGGCGAGAAGCCCUACGAAUGUGCCACCUGCCAGAAGCGCUUCUCCCAUUCCGGCUCCUACAGCUCCCACCUCAGCUCCCACCGCUGCCUGCUGCCCUCCCCCCCGGCCCCAUGGGAGAGCCGCCCAUGUGCUGCCAGGCCCCGGGGGGGCCGCACUGGGGGCUGCGGGGCCUACGGCAGAGACCUCCGCUUCCCGCACAGCCCCGGCCCAGCCCGGCCCCUUCUGGGCCCCCCUGACCUGGGAAUGGAGGGACCCAGAGAUGCCAAUGGGCCAGGGCCUGGCCCUGACCGGGGCCCCCCCGAGACCCCCACCAUGGAGCAGCCCUUGGACCUGUCUCUGCCCAAGCCAGGCAAGGAGCCGGAGCCCGGCCCGGUGCCCUACGAGCCCCUCUACCUGCCCACCUCCCUCUGCCCCCUCUUCCCAGCCUUCCUGUCCAGCACCCUCAGCCAUCUCCUCCCGCACGGGGCCCCUCGGCUGCACGGGAACCCGGACCUGCCGGCCCCCCAGUUCCUGCCCUUUCUGCUCUGCCCAUACGGGGCGGAGUCGGAGCCAGCACUGCCCACGGGCCACUGGGAGCAACACGGGCCUCCGGGAGCCGGGGGGCGCCCCCUGCAGGCAGGCAGGGAGCCGGGGGGCGGCCGGAGGCGGUUACGCAGGACCCCUGACGGGCUGUAUCUGUGCGAACUCUGCCCCAAAACCUUCCGGAAGAGCAGCUCCUUCCUGCGGCACCAGUACGAGCACACGGGGAGGCGCCCGCACGGCUGCCCGCUCUGCCCCAAGGCCUUCAAGCACAAGCACCACCUGGCGGAACACGCCCGGCUGCACUCGGGGGAGCGCCCGUUCCAGUGCGCCCGCUGCGCCCGCCGCUUCGCCCACUCCGGCUCCUACUCGCAGCACGUCAACCACCGGCAGGGCUGCUGCCGGGCCUGGGGUGCCCCUGCCCCCCGUGGGGAGACCCCUGCUCCCAGCCGUGCACCCCAGGGGGAGAUCCCCACCCCCCACGGGGAGAUCCUGGGAGAUCCUGGCCCCCACCCACUGUCACCAGGGUGA